AUGGCGAGCCAAUCCUACCGCAUCAGCUCUGGCUGCACGGUCAAGAACUUUAGCUCCCGCUCUGCCAUUGUGUCCAAGCCUGGGGAUCGCAGCUGUGUCAGUGCCACGGCCCAUCAUGGGGGCAGUCCUGGGGGGCUAGGCUACAGGCGCCUGGGAGGCUUUGGCAGUCAGAUCCUGUGUACGGUGUGGUCUCCCCGGAUCGCGGUGAGUUGUGGAUGGCUCCUACACAGCAGAGGCAGGUUUGGCUGGGCAGGGGGCCUUUGUAAGCUCAGACCGCCCCGCAUCACAUCUGUCACCAUCAACGAGAGCCUCCUCAUACUCCUCAACCUAGAGAUCGACCCCAAUGCCCAGUGUGUGAAGCACGAGGAGAAGGAGCAGAUCAAGAUCAAGUGUCUCAACAACAAGUUUGCUGCCUUCAUUGACAAGGUGCACUUCCUGGAGCAGCAGAACAAAGUGCUGGAGACCAAGCUGCAUUUCUACCAGAACCAUGAGUGCUGCGAGAGCAACCUGGAGCCCCUGUUCCAGGGCUACAUUGCGACUCUGCGGCGGGAGGCCGAGUGCAUGGAGGCUGACAGCAGCAGGCUGGCCUCAGAGCUCAACUGCAUGCAGGAGGUUCUGCAGGGCUGCAAGAAGAAGUAUGAAGAUGAGCUGGUCCUCAGGGCCACAGCUGGGAACGAGUUCAUGAUGCUGAAGAAGGAUGUAGACUGCGCCUAUCUGCACAAGGCGGACCUGGAGGCCAACGUGGAGCCGCUGAGGGAGGAGCCAGUCUUCCUGCAGUCCCUCUACGAGGAGGAAAUCCACCUCCCUCAAUCACAAAUCUCUGACACUUCUGUAGUGGUGAAGAUGGACAACAGCCAGGAGCUCAACAUGGACUUGGCUGUGGCCAAGAUCAAGGCUCAGUAUGAUGAUAUUGCCAGUCGCAGCUGGGUGGAGGCCGAGACCUGGUACCAAACCAAGUGUGAGGAGGUGAAGGCCACAGUCACCCAGCAGGGUGAGAACCUCCGCAGAACCAAGGAUGAGCUCAGCGAGCUGAACUGCAUGAUCCAGAGGCUGACGGCAGAGGUGGAGAACGCCAAGCAGCAGCGCUGCAAGCUGGAGGCCACGGUGGCCCAGUCUGAGCAGCAGGGUGAGGCAGCCCUUAGCAAUGCCCUCUGCAAGCUGGCUGAGCUGGAGGGCGCCCUGCAGAAGGCCAAGUAGGACAUGGCCUGCCUGCUCAAGGAGUACCUGGAGGUGAUGAACUCCAAGCUGGGCCUGGAAGUGGAGAUCGCCACUUAUCGCAAACUCCUGGAGGGCGAGGGGAUCCCGCUGUGUGAAGGCGUGGGCUCAGUCGAUAUCUGUGAGAGCCGUUCCCAGAGUGGUGUGGUCUGCGGGGACCUGGACUCUGCUGCCUCCUUUGGCUCAGAGGGUGUGGCCAUCAGCAGUGGUGCACUGUGUUCCCCCUCUGUGGUGGGGGCCUGCUCCAGUGCCCGAUCUGUGCGGUUUUCGCCCCUCACCACUGGUAUUGGAGGUUACCAGCGGGAGGCGGGGAGCUCUAGGGCAGGGGCGAAGCGGGGCAGCCGGGGGCCCAGGCGUGGAGAGCGGGCGCAUUUGAGAGAGGCGCGGGCGGCGGAAUCCUGGCGAACGGCAGAUGACUCGGGAACCGGUCCCGGGCCAGAGGCGCCAAGGCGGGAACCCCGCGUGAGCCAAGGACUCAAGGCCCUAGCGGAUCUGAUCCCAGGGGUUCCAGCAGAGGGUCGCCGCGCCGUGCAUCUAGAGAUGCGCCCAGGGUACCUGGUGGCUGGACGUGACGGGCCCAAACAGCUGGGAGAAAGGAGGCAGCAGGCAAGAGACCUGGAGGAGGCCCGCCAGGUGUCUGCUAGCAAACCUCAAACAGAGCAGCAGCCUGAGCACUCAGAAGCAGCCAGCAGCCUCCUGUGGGGCUACAGCCCUUUGGGCCUGAAGUGA